AUGGUUGGAAGUUUUGUGAACCUCAAACGGCUUGAAAUCAAUAAAUGUCAUUUGAUGGAUGAGAUAAUAGCUACUGAAGAGAGAAACAAUGGUGUUGCUGCCUCACUCAAUGAGGUUCCAUUUUCAAAAUUGGAGACAAUCAUAUUGAAGGACAUGGACAACUUAGAGACAAUAUGGCACCGCCAAUUUGACACAGUUAAGUCUUUGAAGGUUAAAAACUGCAAGAAAAUUGUAGUGGUUUUUCCUUGUUCCAUCCAGGAAACAUAUCACAAUCUAGAGAGGUUAGAGGUUACAGAUUGUGCUUUAGUGGAAGAAAUAUUUGAUUUGACUUCGAAUGAAAAGAGCAGUAUAGAGGAUGGAACACAACUGAAAAGCAUUACGUUAGAAGCAUUGCCAAAGCUGAAAAAGACAUGGAGUAGGGAUCCUGAAGGGAUUCUUCAUUUUCAUAAUCUGGAAAACGUAUAUCUAAGAAGUUGUGGAAGCUUGGACUAUCUAUUUCCAUUUUCUGUUGCCACUCACUGCUCACAUCUCAAAGAACUUUCUAUAAAGUGGUGUGGGAACAUGAAGGAAAUUGUUGCACAGAAGGAAGGAUGCAUGUGCACAACUCCCAUAUUUGAGUUUAAUGAACUAAAUACUUUAUUGCUUUGGAGCUUACAUAAACUCAAGGGUUUCUAUGCAGGAAAUUAUACUUUAGCAUGUCCAUCUUUGAGAAAAAUAGAUGUUUCUUGGUGUGUAAAAUUGAAUUUAUACAAGAUUCUAUCUACAAGAACUGAUGGAAGGUUUCUGGAUGGUAAACACCCUGUUGCUGUGCAGCACUCACUUUUCAGACUCCAAGAGAUGAUUCCAAACUUGGAGAAGUUGAGAAUAAGCUAUAGGGAUGCUAACAUGAUACUGCAAGCCAAAAAUUUAGGUGCCCUCUUCACCAAAUUGACAUUUCUUGGGCUGACCGAUUGUGAGUAUGAAGAGGCUUCUUUUCCCGAUUGGCUUCUCCAAAAUAUGUGUACUCUUGAACAUCUAGUCGUUGAAUGGAGUUCCUACAAGAAGAUAUUCCAAGAUGAAAGACAACAAGUAGUUGUAAGAGAAUGUCCUCGCUUGAAGAUUUUCUCCGUGGAAAACACAAGCACACCAAAUCUUCAAAAAGUGAAAGUUACAGAAAAUGAUGAAGAAUGGCAUUGGAAUGGGAACUUAAAUGAUACAAUAAAGAAAAUAUUUGAAGAAAAGGUGACAUUUUGUAGUGUCGUGCAUUUGAAACUAUCUGAAUAUCCUGAGCUUAAAGAAUUAUGGUAUGGCCAACUUCAGGGCAACAUAUUCAAAAAUUUGACGCAUCUAGUUGUUCAUAAAUGUGGUUUUUUAUCUGAUGUACUCUUUCAAGCAAAUUUACUACAAGUAUUGACGAACUUGGAAGAACUAGACAUAAGAGAUUGUAGUUCAUUAGAAGUCGUGUUUGAUGUGAAAGACAAAUUUGAUACAAAAAUUCUAAUGAAGAAUUCUAGUCAGUUAAAAAAAUUAACAUUGACUAGUCUUCCGAAACUGAAGUAUGUGUGGAAGGAACAUCCCCACGAAACUUUGAGCUUUCAAAAUCUGUGCGAAGUAUCUGUUGUUGAAUGCAAAAUCUUAACAAGUCUCUUUCCACUCUCAAUAGCCAGAGAUAUGAUACAUCUUAGGGAUCUUGAAGUACGUGAAUGUGGGGUUGAAGAAAUUAUUGCCAAGGGAGAAGGAGGUGAGGAGAUAAUUAAAUUUGAGUUCCCUAAUUUUACAUUCCUUCAACUUAUGUAUUUGCCUAAACUCAAGGGUUUCGUUAAUGGGAUCCAUUCUCUUCAAUGUAAAUCCUUGCAAACAAUAAAGGUGUUCAAAUGUCCAAAGUUGGAGCUAUUUAAGACACAGCCUAUGAGCUCCCCAGAAAGAACUACAGAUAACAAACUCCGUGUCUCAACUUAUCAACCUCUUUUCACAAUUGAAGAGGUACUUCCUAAUGCAGUGAGGUUGCUACUGAAUAAUAAAGAUUUUGACAUCUUAUUGCAAAGCCAAUAUUCAGGGAAGCUGUUCAGUAAACUUAAAUCUAUUUUGGUGUUUGAAUUCACUGAUGAAGAAGCUCCUUUUCCAUAUUGGUUUCUAGAAAAUGUACCCAAUUUGAAAGACCUAAGGAUUCAAUGGAGUUCCUUCACAGAGAUAUUCCAAGACGAACAACAUAUUGGUGAGGAAAGUCUCAUAAAUCUGGUGCCAUCCACUGUUACCUUUAACAACUUGACUGAUUUAGAGGUAAAAAACUGCAUUGGUUUGGUAAAUUUGAUAACAUGCUCAACAGCAAAGAGUCUGGCCAAGCUCACAACAAUGAAGAUAAAAGGGUGCGAUUUAUUAGAGGAUGUAGUGAGUGGAAGAGAAGAUGAGACAAACAAUGAGAUUGCAUUUUUCAAUUUGCAAACUCUAGAACUUAUUUGUUUACCAAGGCUCCACAUGUUUUGCUCUAGUAAGUGCUUCAUUAGGUUUCCAUUGUUGGAAGAAGUAGUUGUCAAAGAAUGUCCUCGAAUGGAGAUGUUUUCCUUGGGGGACACGAGCACUCCAAAUCUUCAAGAAGUACAAAUAGAAGAAAAUAAUGAAGAAUUUCGCUGGGAGGGUGACCUAAAUGAAACAAUAGAGAACAUGUUUGAAGAUAAGGUGGCAUUUUUUAGUUUUAAGCAUUUGAAACUAUCUGAAUAUCCAGAGCUGAAAGAAUUAUGGUACGACAAACUUCAUAGCAAUGUAUUCAGUAAAUUGACGCAUCUAGUGGUUCAUAAAUGUGAAUUUUUAUCUGAUGUACGCUUCCAACUGAAUUUACUAGAAGUUCUUAUGAACUUGGAAGAACUAGAUGUAAGAGAAUGUGAUUCAUUAGAAGCAGUGUUUGAUGUGAAAGGUAAAUCUGGAACAGAUAUUCAAGUGAAGAAUUCUACUCAGUUAAAAAAAUUAAAAUUAUAUAGUCUUCCGAAUCUGAAGCAUGUGUGGAAGGAAGAUCCCCACGGAGCUUUGAGCUUUCAGAAUUUAAGUCAAGUAUCUCUUGUUGAAUGCGAAAUCUUAACAAGUCUCUUUCCACUCUCAAUAGCUAGAGAUAUGAUAAAUCUUCAAUAUCUUGAAGUACGUGAAUGUGGGCUUGAAGAAAUUGUUGCUAAAGAAGAAGAAACAGAGGAGAUAAUUCAAUUUGUGUUCCCUCAUUUGACAUUCCUUGACCUAUGCCAUUUGCCUAAAUUGAAGGCAUUCUUUAAUGGGAUCCAUUCUCUUCAAUGUAAAUCCUUGAAAACAAUAUUUGUGUUCAAAUGUAAAAAAUUGGAGCUAUUCAGGACACAGCAUAUGAGCUACCAAGAAAGAGCUAGCAAUGGCAAACUCUAUAUCUCAACUUAUCAACCUCUUUUCAUAGUCGAAGAGGUACUCGCUAAUGUGGAGAAUUUGACAUUGAAUAAAAAAGAUUUUGGCAUCAUAUUGCAAAGCCAAUAUUCAGGGGAGCAUUUCACCAAACUUAAAGUCAUUAGGGUGUGCCAAUUCACCGAUGAAAAAGCUACUUUUCCAUAUUGGUUCAUAAAGAAUGUACCCAAUUUGGAAGAACUAGUGGUCGAAUGGAGUUCAUUCACAGAGAUAUUCCAAGACGAACCACUUAUGGGUGAGGAAAGACAAAUCAAAAUUAGCACAAGGCCAAUACUGUUGGCAUUAUAUGAUCUACAUGAACUUCAACAUAUAUGUAAAGAAGGAUUCCAAAUUGACCCCAUUUUUCAAUGUGUUGAAAUCAUACGUGUCUAUAAAUGUUCUUAUCUGAUGAGUUUGGUGCCUUCCUCUGUUACUUUUAAUUGCUUGACUAAUUUGGAGGUCACAAACUGCAUUGGGAUGAUAAAUUUGAUAGCAUGCUCAACAGCAAAGAGUCUGGUCAAGCUCACAACAAUGAAGAUAAAAGGGUGCAAUUUCUUAGAGAAUGUAGUGAGUGGAAAAGAAAUUGAGACAGACAAUGAGAUUGCAUUUUUCAAUUUGCAAACUCUGGAACUUAUUUGUUUACCAAGGCUCCGUAGGUUUUGCUCAUGUAAGUGCAUCAUUAAGUUUCCAUUGUUGGAAAAAGUUGUUGUAAAAGAAUGCCCUCGAAUGGAAGGAUUUUCUUUGGGGCACACGAGCACACCAAAUUUUCAAGGAAUACAAAUAGAAGAAAAUAAUGAAGAAUCUCGAUUGGAGGGUGGUGACCUGAAUGAAACAACAAAGAAAAUGUUUGAAGAUAAGGUGGCAUUUUGUAGUUUCAUGCAUUUGAAAUUAUCUGAAUAUCCUGAGCUGAAAGAGUUAUGGUAUGUCAAACUUCAGGGCAACAUAUUCAAAAAUUUGACGCAUCUAGUUGUUCAUAAAUGUGAUUUUUUAUCUGAUGUACUCUUUCAUGCAAAUUUACUACAAGUAUUGGCUAACUUGGAAGAACUAGACAUAAGCGACUGUAGUUCAUUAGAAGUAGUGUUUGAUGUGAAAGGGAAAUUUGCUACAGAAAUUCUAAUGAAGAAUUCUAGUCGGUUAAAAAAAUUAACAUUGUCUAGCCUUCCGAAACUGAAGCAUGUGUGGAAGGAAGAUUCCCACGGAACUUUGAGCUUUCAGAAUCUACGUGAAGUAUCCGUUGUGGAAUGUGAAAUCUUAACUAGUCUCUUUCCACUCUCAAUAGCGAGAGAUAUUGAACAACUUCAGGAACUUUUUGUAGAUGAAUGUGGGGUUGAAGAAAUAAUUACCAAGGAAGAGGGAAUAGAGGAGACAAUUGAAUUUGUGUUUCCACAUUUGACAUCCCUUGUACUUGCUAACGUGGAGGAGUUGACGUUGAAUGAUAAAGAUUUUGGCUUUAUAUUUCAAAGCCAAUAUUCAGGGGACCAAUUCAGCAAACUUAAAACUAUUGCGGUAAUGGAAUUCACCGAUGAAGAAGCUAUUUUUCCGUAUUGGUUCAUAAAAAAUGUACCCAAUUUGGAACGACUAGCGGUCGGAGGGAGUCACUUCAUGCAGAUAUUCCAAGACGAAGGUCUUACAGAUGAGGAAAGACAAAUCCAGAUUAACGCACUGCCUAAAGAGUUGGUAUUACUUUAUCUACAUGAACUUCAACAUAUAUGCAAAGAAGGAUUCCAAAUUGACCCCAUUCUUCAAUGUCUUGAAAGCAUAGAUGUUUCUGAAUGUUCUAGUUUGAUAAAUUUGGUGCCUUCCUCUGUUACUUUUAAUUACUUGACUAAUUUGGAGAUCACAAAUUGCAUUGGGCUGAUAAAUUUGAUAGCAUGCUCAACAGCAAAGAGUUUGGUCAAGCUCACAACAAUGAAGAUUAAAGAGUGUGAUUUAUUAGAGGAUGUAGUGAGUGGAAAAGAAGAUGAGACAAACAAUGAGAUUGCAUUUUUAAAUUUGCAAACUCUUGAACUUAUUUGUUUGCCAAGGCUUCGCAGGUUUUGCUCAUGUAAGUGCUUCAUUAAGUUUCCAUUGUUGGAAGAAGUUGUUAUAAAGGAAUGUCCUCGAAUGGAGAUUUUUUCUUUUGGAGACACGAGCACACCAGAUCUUCAAGGAGUACAAAUAGAAGAAAAUAAAGGAAAAUCUCGUUGGGAGGGUGACCUGAAUGAAACAAUAAAUAAUAUGUUUGAAGAUAAUCUAUGGUUCAAUUCUACUGAUUCUGAACUUUCGAGCCUGUCUGAAUACUCAGAACUAUAG